AUGUCCACCGAGCCCUCGACGACUGGCCCACCAAUGCCUCCUCCUGGUGGUCUCGUUCCGUUGCCUCCCAACAUCGGCGACAUCACCGCCUCCGCACUCAUGGGGUCGCUGCUAAACUACAUGUUGUAUGGCGUACUGGCAGUCCAGGUCUACGUCUAUCGCCUCAAUUUCCCCAACGACAAGAACACUAUUAAAGCUCUGGUGUAUGGCAUCUUCAUCGUGGAGACCGUCUUAACGGCCCUGAAUGGCGUGGACGUCUACCAUUGGUUUGCGGCUGGCUUCGGAGACAUCAUCGAGUUCAGCAAACCUCUCAUUUCCCCCGCCUAUACGCCAAUCUUCGGGUCGAUAAUUGCCGUCAUCGUACAGUGCUUCUUCUGCUAUCGCAUCUACAUCAUAAAGCGACAAGCAUGGCCGCUUUGCAUUUUCAUCGGCCUAGUCAGUUUUAUGCAGGCUGCUGGGGGUAUGGGAGGGGGAAUAUCGGCUUACUUGAGCGCCAACCAAGUGCACGACCACAACCGCAUCAUCUUUGUCUACCUGUGGCUCGUUGGGGAUGUGAUUGCUGACGUUCUGAUUGCUGGUACCAUGACAUACCUGCUUCUCAAAGCUGGUCAACAGCAACACAAGCAGACAAACGACAUUGUGAAGCGGAUUGUGCGGCUGACAAUCGAGACCAACACCGCAUCCACGGUUCUUGCCAUUCUUUCCCUUGUAUUAUUCUAUGGGAGGCCAAACACCACAUAUUUUAUUGCUCCGACGAUGGUCCUUGCGAAACUCUACGCGAACACUCUGCUCGUGACAUUCAACAACCGGGCGUUCAUCCACAGCAGCAACAACACAUCGCAUGGUGCCUCCAUGAGCGACACGUACCAAUCACGAUCUCGAAGCGGUGCUCGCAAGAGUCUACCCUUCUCUGCUGGUCUCGGGCUGCGGACUGAUGAGACCGAGUCGACGUUUGCAGGGACCUAUUCAACAGGAAAGGUCACGGUCACGACACAUUCGAUGGUCGAUGGCGGUUAUAACUCGUAUAACAACGCCUACGACAUGAACCGGAUGGACGAGGAGGCCGCCAAGCGUGUACCACUAUGA